AUGGCCGCGUCAAGGACAAGUACACGUAAAAGUAUUGAACCGUCCAGAGAAAUACUGGACUGUUCGAUUUGUCUGGAGCAAUUCAGGACACCGCGAUCGCUGCCAUGUUUACAUACGUUUUGUGAGGAAUGUCUCGGUCUAUACAUUUCGUCCCAAGAGAGCAAGACCGACUUCCCAUGCCCUGUAUGUCGAUCGACUGUGCUACCCCCGAAUCCCAAAUCGUCGAAGAAAUCUUGGGCUGGAUCAUUUCCGUUAAAUCAUCUGAUUGUUACACUGAUGGAUGAAGGAAGUAAAAGCAAAGACUUUGUUAAAUGUACAAUGUGUUACGUUAGGGAUGAUUCAUCUGUUACAGCAAUAUACUGGUGUAACGAUUGUCGUGAGGGGCUUUGUGAAAAAUGUUACUCGUAUCAUCAGAAGACUAAAGUUCGAUCAAGACACAGCUCUAGUCUUAUAGAAGAAACGGGAGUCCCGAUCAAUCCAGAUGUAGAAAUUGAUGAAGAUUGUCCACGUCAUCGUGGCAAAGUUCUAGAGGUGUACUGUUCGGAUCAUUUGGAACUCUGCUGCGUUAUCUGCUUUGCUACCAAACACAGGGAAUGUAAACAUAUUACCUCCAUCGAUGACGUUUCUGAAGAGUUUGAUGUGAAGGAGGUAUGCUCGGCAUUCUUCUCUGAGAUGGCGGAAAUCACACGUGAAACGAAGUCUAUUGUUGCACUCAAAGAAAAAGACAUCGAAAAUGUUGGCACGAAAGUCAAAACCAUCGCCAUGGAAAUCACGCAAAUAGUUGACGUGAGUAAGGAUAGAAUGGAUUAUCUCCGAAAAUCCUUGAUUGAUAACAUGAAACACAAAUAUGAGACAGAAAAACAGAAAGUAGAGGAAAAGCAUAAAUAUGUCCAUGCCUUUGAAAAUGAUGUGAAAAAUUGCUGCAAGGUCAUAACGUCAGUAAGUUCCGGGACGCGUCGACAAGCUUUUGUCAUGUUCGAGAAGAUUAAAUCCGAACUUAGCAGUCACUUCCAACAACUCAGGUUGGAAAUGGCCGGGGAUGUUGAUUUGAACUUAAAGUUCAACAUGAAUUCUUCACUGGUAUCACUGGUCACUCUGGAAUCCUUGGGGGAAGUGGAUAUGCAGAAGGCGCCAUCUAGAAGAAUACAAAAGAUCCUGACACAGAUGGCUAGACACCUUAGUCGAUUCAAACAUCCCUCAUAUUUGGUAGAUCCCAUGCACUCCAACAUAAAGCUCGUUAAAUCUGUCACUAAGGAAGACGUUGGCCUCGGGCAAGUUAAUCUCGCUGGUGGAACGUUUUUACAGGAUGGCAGGUUACUUAUCGCAGACUUUUCCUCUAAAAGACUAAUCGUAUUUGGUGAAGAGUUUGAUGAUGUCACCACACUUUCCGUAUCAGGACAACCGACUGAUGUUGCUUUACAUAUUAAUGGUUCAAAUACACAUGUUUACGUAUGUGUAGAUGGAAAUAAAAUUUUCCGAUAUGACCUACUUGAAGAAACUACAUUUGUUAAGAUGAAAACGAUCGAAAUAUCCAAAAAUGUUUGGUCUGUUACAGCUUUAGACGACGUUUUGAUAACAGGGGGGGAGUUUUGCAUUGAUACGAUAUGCAUUGACGGAAAUGUGAUGGAUAAAUCUGUCUGCAGUGGUUUCCCUCAUCUUGUUGGCAAGCAUGAGUUGAAUGGGACAUAUUAUCACACAGAAGGAACCGAGAUAGUGUGUAAGAAACUUAGCGGAGAUGAGGUGUUCCGGCACAACGUUAGGAAGCCUGUAGAUGGCAUAGCCGUGGAUCAAGACGGAAAUGCCUAUGUCGUGUAUGAAAACAAGGACAGAACCGGAAGUGUGUACCAGGUAUCACACAAUGGUGAGCGAUCCAGAUAUCUGAUUUCAGCUCUUAACAGUAUAAGAAAGCCAUAUGGGGUUAUUUAUAACAGAACAAAAUGUAUGUUUGUAGUGGUGUCAAACGCCGAGGAUACACUGAUGGAGAUUUACGAGUUUAUUCCAUAA